AUGCUGCCCACAUCCUGGAAGUUCGCAUCUCCAUGGAAACCGUGCUGGGGCGUAGGAGGGAAGCGCCAGCACCGCGCAGAAUACUGCAAAACGUGCGGAAAUAGAAGCCUCGUAAAGUCUGGCCGCGCGCACCGCGCGGAUGUGUUGUCUACUACUACCGGCAGGCGAGUCACCUCCUGCUUGCUCGACUCAAGUUCGUCUCGGCGCGGUCGCCAGGCGGGCGACAUCGUAUUGGGACUCGUUAUAGUGGAAAGUGGUACCAACAUCCUUAUAUUCGUGAGCGGGGAUGAACAAAUUCUGUGGAAUUGGCGCGGCGCGAGGGGGCGGCCGGGGUAUUUCUACCCGCCUCCCCUCCCCCGGCGGGCCGUGGUGGGGGAGGCGGGGCGAGGCGGGGCGAAGUGGGGUGAGGCGCUGAUCGGCCGCGUGUGUCGCAGCCCCGCGCUGCCUCCUCCGCCGCCGCCAACGCCACCGCCGCUGCCGCCGCCGCCGCCGCCAACACCUUCGCCGCCGCCGCAGUGCUCGCGCCGCACCAUGCCGCUGGCGUGCGCGACGCUGCUGGGAGCCUGUCUGCCGCUGCUGCUGCUGGCGGCCUGUCUGCCGAUGCUGCUGCUGGCCUACCCCUGGCCCGUCACCGAGAAGAGCGUCCCCUCGCUGCUGACCGCCGCCGCCGCCGCCGCCACCGCCGCCGCCAACGACUCGGCCGAGCAAGCCGCCGGCCUCAACGCCUCGCGGGCCAUGGAGGAGGCCGUGGCGCGCGCAGUCAGCAAGGCCUCGCGCGACAGGAUCCGGGAGGACCGCAUUCACGCCAUCAAGUACCAGAUCCUGGGCUUCCUGGGCUUCAUGGGCGGCGAGCCGACCAUCAACGACUCCGACAAGGAACAACUGGAGAGCGUGCGGGAGUGGUACAACCAGAUGAGCGACAUGCCGGAGUGGCCUCCUUCCGAAAUGUACACCGAGAGAGUGCAAAGCUUUUACCCUUCGUGUGAUCUCCCCAAAAAUACGGACGCUGAAAUGUGGAAUGAUCCCACAUUUAUGCACAUGUAUUUUGACCUGAAGUAUCCUGAGCCUUCAGAUGGCAUGCAGAGUGACAUCAUCACAGCAAAACUUCACCUUCACAAGAAAUCCAAGGGCACAAAACCAUGGCACGAUGAGAUGUGCAAAAAUGUUUCAACGCCGUCGUCAGAGGAGACUGAAGAAGGAGUGACUUCACCAACCCACAAUGAUUCUGAUGGCAUCGUCAGAGUUUCUGUCUACCACUACACGCGGUCACUCAAGAGAAACAGAGUGAAGAAGAAGAUCCUGGACACGCGCGUGCUGCCCGUGUGCGGCGAGGAGUGGACCGAGUUCAACGUGAGCCCCGCCGCCAAGUCGUGGAAGGAGACCGGCAGGAACCACGGCCUGGGCGUGCAAGUGGAGGACGAGCAGGGCCACUUCUUCCCCGCCCGGGACCACUUCUCGCCCAUGGACUGCACGGACCAGGCCUCUGCAACCGCUCGACCGAUUCCUGGAUUUCUGGUCGCCACAGGCAGCGUUAUGCAACGGAACAGGCAGAUCAGCCGCACGGAUGAUGACCCAGCAGGUUCAUCUGCAGCCGUACGCGACAAAGCCUUUUAUUUCAAUAAGUACAUGUUUCCCAUGAUUGAUUUGUGCACCAUCGAUGUCCCCAAACAGGAUGCAAUGGAGACGGCCCUGAAACACUUGGAUGAUGACUUUGCAUCGACCAGCAGCAGUCCCUUCGACGACACCAGCCCGCGUGCUUCCACAGAGAUUCCUGACGAGACGACGGACUCUGGUGAUGGCAGAGACGGCGAAGCCAGUCACUCUCCCGGUCACCGCCACCACCGCCAACACCGCCACAGACAUCACCACCGCCGGCACCAGCCGGUGGCACAGCACCUCGGCGAGGACGCCAUCUUCCGCCGCGCCACAGGCGCGGACGACGCUGCACAAAAUGGCGGUGAGCCAGAGGACGAGGCUGAAGACCGCCUGGAGGGAAACGCCGCACCAGAGUACAGCGAUAAGUUCACGGGAGAUGGUGUCAAGACCGUUGAUGUGUCUGCUGAUGAUGGGCAGAUCACUUCCACUGCUGUUAUUUACUAAAAUUGCAUGUGCAUUUGUUCACAACUAUGUGUUAAAUUACAUUUGCAUUAGACCAGGGCCGCAACAACAAAAUUUCCAAGGGGGGGGGGGGGGGGGGGCAAUAUACCUUUUCACAAAGAAUCAUCGAUCCCCCCUAUUGAAGCGGGGGGUCCGGGGGUCCUCCCCCGGGAAAAUUUGUAUUUCAAGGUGGAAAAUGGUGCUAUUUAAGCAUUUUUAUUAUCUAAAAAUUGAUUACACAGCACUUUCUUUGCCCCCGUUUGCCCCCACUUCAAGGUUUCAGAGGGAGGGCAAAAUACCCUUGGCCCCCCCUGUUGUUGCGCCCCUGCAUUAGACCAUUUUUCUGCACUCUUAAUGUCAAUGUUACUUCCUUAUUUUUAUAUGUAUAGCAUGAUUGUCAAGCAAACAUACACUAGAUUGUAGUGCUAAACAUGUGAAUGUUUGAAUUUUUUCCUUUUGUGAUGUGAAAGAUAAUUUGGUUAGCUCAUUUUUCUAAACCAAGGUUCAAUUAAGCUACGUUAGGAGAAGUGUAAUUAUUCAAUAAUAAUGUGUGGCGUUUAUUAAUUCAUUAAUAAGAAAAAUGUGUAUCUAGUUGUAAUCACGCUAUCAAGUGUAAUUCACUUACUUGUAUUCCUUGUGCCUGUCAAGCAACAUUUCUUGUGUAAUUUUCCCCCUACAUUGUGUAAUUUUACACAUAAUAAAAUUUCAAAUUAAAUAUUGUAAAGAAAACUGAGUUGCCUUGUAAAUGAAUGCAUCUUCUGAUGAUUUUACACCCAAAAUUUGCUAGUAAAAUUAAGCUAACAUGAAGUAAAAUAACAUGAUUUAUGUUGUGAUAAUAAUACAUCAACUUUGUGUGUAAUUUUACACAGGCAGUAUGAAUUUUAAAACACAAUAACAGGUGUAAAUAUACACACUUAAUAUUUAAAGAUUAUAUACAGUAUUUAAUUUCAAAAUUUUCAACUUGCUGUGUAGCCUUAUGGUGAAGGUGGUUGCUUUCGGAGCACGAGGUGAAAAUCUACGAUCAUGGUUCGUACCCACGCCACAGCACUCGAGAAUAUAUAAAGUAAGCCACAAACCAUGAAUUAGUAGCUAACCACGUAACUUUCCACGAGAUCAUACAAAUUGCAAAAUUGAUUUAUAAUUUUAUUUGAUGAAUAAUAGAAACACAUAUAAAGCAUUAUAAUUUUUCUCUGGAAAAAGUCUUUUUUUACACUAUGUUACACAUGCAUGCACUGCAUAAUUAAUUAAUGUGUAAAUUCAAUUUACUCAUCCAAACUGUGUAAAAUUACGCUUAGAGUGGAUAUGUGAUUAUUAAUGCUGAAAAGUUAAAUUACCUGUCAGUAAUGUGUGACAUGGCAAUUACGUUGUAAUUUUACAAAAAAAAAUGUCUUCAUACAAAACCUGUGUAGGUUAACAUUCACUUGAAUAUGUACACCUACAUCAGUGUAGAUACUACUGCCAUCUACAUCCGAGUAAAAUUACACUUUUUUACAAGGUGCACAUAGUAUAAAAGCACAAAUAAAAUACAGCUGGAAUUAUAUUGUUGCUUACAGUUGGUUUCCGUUGUUUAAUUUGUUUAUUAUUAGUGUAUUUUUUAUAAAAGAUAUUUACCUUUACCAAAUAUAAUUUUAGGGAAAUUAAAAAUAUGUCAAGCUCCCAGUUGUUGAGUUAGCACUAGUCUUUGAUCACUCUAAUUACUUCUGGUCGAUAACUUAAGGGCUAUAUAUAAAAAAAACACUGCAGAGUUACAUAUGCCUACAUGCAUCAAAAUGCCUGAAAAAUUUAAGAUAUGUAUUUUGUACCUGAUUUAGAUAAUCGAAUACCUAGUAUUACCAUAACUUUUAUUUAAAUAAUUGUUACAUUUAUAGAUGCAAUCCAUUCAUGAACAUAAUUUUUCGAUGUUUACUUAAUGUUUUGUGAAGAAAAAAUAAUUGAUACCAGGAAAGAUUUAUUUACGACUGAGUCUUUACUCUUGAUUGAUUGGGACAUAUUUUUCAGGUAGCUGAAGUAGAAGCAGUUUACCGAAAGAAGCUAACCUAGUUAUCUUACAUUUCAUACUUUUAAGUUAUUUGAUGGAAAUUUUACUAAGUGUGUGUCUUGAGUUAAAGAAAUUUUAUGGUUGUCCUUGAACACUUACAGUGAAUGUAUUAAUAUUAUGGAGAAAAAACACGGCAUCAAUUCUUGAAAUUCAUUCCAUAUGCCUGUAGGCAGUUUGAUGGUUGAGUUAAUCUGUGACUUGAAGCAUUUAUGUGUGUGUGUCUUUAGUGUGUAAGUCACAUGUAGAUGCCAAGGACUUCAUCAAUUAUUGAAGAAGUGUCAGGAGAAAACUUUAAUUGUUAGAAAUCCACUACCCAUAGUGAUUAUAGCAUCGAAAACCUCAUAUUAAUUUAAAACAGACUAUAGUGUUGCAAUUCAUUAUUAGAAUAAUUGUUUGAUUUUAAUAAUAUAUUUUACUUUAUUUUGAAAACAUUUUAACUGUAAUGUCAAAUGACUAAUAUUUAAUACUAAAUAUAAUUAGGUAUUCUAAAAGACUGAUCAAUUAGCAUAGGAGCAAAUCACUCAACCCUACCUGUAAAUACUAUUUUGAACUAAAAUACUAACUGCACUUAAUAUAAAAAAAAUAUUUAUUUUGUAAUUGCAGUGAUAAUAAACUGACAGUAAUCAUUUUCAUUGUGAAUUGUAAAGGAAAUAUUUAAUAUUUCUCUUAUGUUUUUGUAAAACAUGACCAAUAUAAAGCUAAGGAAAAUUUAAAAAUUACAUUUUUUUAAAUGUUCGAAAUUUGUGUAUGGCUGUAUAGUAGCAAUUGCUGUUGUACUAAACAGCUAAGGCCAGGUAGUAUGAUUUCUAUUGUGCUAAUUGUAGCAGAGAAAACUAGUCAAAAAAGAUCCAUCUAGAAUCCUUAUGUUUAGCCUAACAAUUAAUUUAUACAUCUGUAAUUAAAACUAUUUUUGUUUAAAAUAAGGUUCGAAUAAAUUUUACAAUGUUGAACCAAAAUCUAUACAUAGGUACCCAGAUAAUUCCUAUAUUUUAUGUUAUUGUUUACGGUGCACAUAAUGGACCAAAACUUUUCUUCUUAAAAUUAACUCAAAAAGACACAUUACAAUUUAUUUAAACGUAUUUUCUAUUUCUUUUUGAUAACCAUUUGCUAUAGGUCUCAUUUUGGCUACAAAUUAUUUGGUUUUUUAAGUGUUUUUUUUAUAAACUAGUAGUUUUAAAUUGAGUGUUAUAUGGAAUGUGUUUUAAUUGGUGUUUAUAAAAAUAAUAUUUGAUGUUAAUAAUAUUUGAUGUUAUUCCAUCACAAUUGAACUCCAGUUAAUCAUUCACAUUAUUUACUUUGUGAGUAUAAUUUUUGGCUGGUUUAGUAAUUUUAUCAUCUUAAAGACAUAAAUUUUGAGAUUUUAAUGUUAGAAGAAUGAAAAAAAAAAUUUAUAUUUUUAUUUUUAGUUUUUCUUCACUCAAUUAAGAGAGUAUUUUCUCCAUUUUUCCUAUCCACAAAUUUGCAAUAAAAAAAAAUUGAAAUGGUCAUCAUCUCAUGCUCACUGAUUAUCAUAAUAUUAAAUGCUGUAUGGAAAUCUAGUACAUGCAAAGUAAUAAUGUUCUGAUGAUUAUAUUGUUAUGUUGUCCUCUUUCAGUACUCAAAUAAUUAAAUACAAUUUGUAAGUAAUUUUAGUACUUUGGUAAUGCAGUAUUUUGUAAAGUCAUUGAUUUUUUGUGAUAUCAUUUUAAGAUUUGCCAUUGGAAAAAAGUCUUACCUAAAUUGUACAAUUACAAUUCACAAUUUUUUCAUGUGUAUGAAAUGAAAUAGCUGUGUUAAAAAAAUGUCGGGCAAGUCAUGCAGUUAAAACAUUCAAGGUUUAUUUUAAUAAGUGUUUGCUUUCACGUAAAAUAAAUAAAAAUGCAAUCAAAAA